AUGAGUUGUCUUCUCUGCAUUGGGAACAGUGCUCCCGCCACAGCCCCUCAUCCCCUGAAAAUGUAUGCCUGUGCAAAGUUCUCCCCCACCUUCUUGGUCAAGAGCACCUCUCAGCUGUUGAGCCAAUCACUAUCUGCAGUAGUAGUGCUAAAACCACUGGAGACCCUGACAGAUGAGAGCCUUAGCAGCUUGGCAGCCAUGUGUCCCCUGACCUCACUUACUCCUAGCCACAUAUUGAGAACCAGUGCCAUUUCAUGGGGCAGUGACACAGCAGCCAAGUUCAUUGGGGCUGGGGGAGCCAUGGUAGGGGUGGCUGCCUCUGAGGCUGGAAUUGGGACUGUGUUUGGGAGCCUCAUCAUUGGUUAG